GGCGGCCUCGCAGUGAAACAGAAAAAACAACAGCUAAAAACACACACCGAGAGAACACACACACUCUCUGCAGGCUUCAGUCUAUUACAGGGAUGGCGGGGACAUCCAGACACGACCAUGAGAUGGCGCUGAAGGCGAAGCGUCAGCUGUCGGCGUGUUCGGACCCGGUAGAGAAGCUCCGCCUCCAGUGUCUGACACGGGGUUCUUCAGGGAUCAAAGGCCUGAGCAGAACCUUCAGGAUCAUGGAUGACAACAGCAGCCGCUCUCUGGACCUGAAGGAGUUCCUGAAGGGUCUCAGUGACUUUGGGCUUCUGCUGGAGAAGGAGGAGGCCACGCAGAUGUUCCAGAAGUUGGACCGCGACGGCAGCGGAGCCAUCGACCUGGACGAAUUCCUGGUGGCUCUCAGGCCGCCCAUGUCCAAGGCCAGGAAGCAGGUGGUUCUGGAGGCCUUCAGGAAGCUGGACCAGACAGGGGAUGGGGUGAUCACGGUGGAGGACCUGCAGGGGGUCUACAAUGCCAAGCACCACCCCAGGUACCAGAACGGGGAGUGGACGGAGGAGCAGGUCUUCAGGACCUUCCUGAACAACUUCGACUCGCCGUACGACAAAGACGGGAAGGUGACCAAAGAGGAGUUCCUCAACUAUUACUGUGGCGUCAGCGCCUCCAUCGACAGCGACGUCUACUUCAUCCUGAUGAUGAAGAACGCCUGGAAGCUCUGAGAAGAACCACCAGCUGUUCCCACUUUAUUUCAUUCUGAUGUGUGGAUUUCUACCAACCUUCUGAAUUAGAAACCAUUAGAGCUGGAGACGUUUUACAUCCCAUAAUCCACGUAUUAAACCUAAAACAUGCAGUAGUUGUGUAAGUGUUCUUGUGCUGAGACCAAAUCUAAAAAACUAGAACGAAAGACCGAUUUUAAUAUUUAAAAAUCCCAAGUAAGACAUUUUUCUCUUGUGUCUUGUUUUGGUCAUUUUCUGUCUCAUUUUUGUGGUAUUCUCUCUUAUUUUUGUUGUGUUGUAUCUUUUUUUGUCAUUUUCUCUCUUCUUCUUGUGGUUUUGUGUGAACUGUGAAGAAUUGUAUGGAUCAGGAAGCUUUCAUUUGGGUGUUUUUCUUUAUUGUUCAUUAAAUGCAGCAUGAUUAAAUAAACGGUGCUUCUGAAUGUUCAGGAAGUGAAGAAUGAAUCGUCCGCUGUGUGCUGGAAGGUGCAGGUCGUGUUGGGUGUUAAAGCAGCAGCAUCGUGUCUCCAUGAUGACGACCGCAAACAAACAGCAGGGUUAGGUCGCCAUGACGACACGUCCACUCCUCCCUCCAGACACGAUGUGAUUCAUCCUCUGACAGAUCUGAGCAGCUUCUGAACAUCCAGCCGAGGUUUCUGCAUGUUGGUGAUGGAAACAGAGAAGCAGUGGUUGGAUCUCUUGAGGUUCCUCCAGCAGACAGCAUUGAGACGUGUGGAGAUAGAAGAACAAUCAGUGGCAUCAAAAGCAAUCAGACAGGUUACAUCUAGCAUUAAAGUCCUCCAUUUUUACUGACAGACUGAAGUGUUGUCCUGUGAGUCUAAUUGA